AUGUUCGCUCCAGCUGCAACCCCCAAGUCCCAUCUCGGCCGCUACCGCCUCCUCGCCCCCACCGCAGCCGUUAAGGUGAGCCCAUUAUGUCUGGGCGCCAUGAACUUCGGCGAGGGCUGGAAACAAGGCCUCGGCGAAUGCAACAAAGAGACCUCCUUCGCAAUUCUAGACGCCUACUACGAGAACGGAGGUAACUUCAUUGACACAGCCAACAACUACCAGUUCGAAGAAUCAGAGCAAUGGCUCGGCGAAUGGAUGGAAGCCCGCGGCGUGCGCGACCAGAUCGUCCUCGCGACAAAGUACACCACCGGGUUCCGCACGCACAACCAAUCCGAGAUCCAGGCGAACUACGUCGGCAAUAAUGCCAAGAGUAUGAAGCUGUCAGUCGAGGCUAGUCUGAGGAAAUUGAGAACAGAUUAUAUCGAUCUGCUCUAUGUCCAUUGGUGGGAUUUCAGUACCUCCGUCGAGGAGGUGAUGACCUCGCUCAACCAGCUGGUCAAUUCGGGAAAAGUGCUGUAUCUGGGCAUCAGCGAUACACCCGCGUGGGUCGUGACCAAGGCAAAUCAAUACGCGCGCGAUCACGGACUCCGCCCGUUCUCCGUUUACCAGGGUAAAUGGAAUGCCGCAAAUCGCGACUUCGAGCGGGAUAUAAUCCCGAUGGCGGCGUCGGAGGGAAUGGGUCUUGCGCCGUGGGCGGCGCUAGGCGCUGGCCAGUUCAAGACGACUGCGCAGCGCGAGGAGAUCGCCAAUUCUGGGAAUCCGGGACGGCAGGUGCCGACUACGGAGCGGGAGAUUGCUGUGUCGAAGGUGUUGGAGGGGAUUGCGGAGCGACAUGGGACGGCGAUUACGAGCGUGGCGAUGGCAUAUGUGAUGCGCAAGGCGCCCUAUGUGACGCCGAUUGUGGGUGGGCGGAAGGUUGAGCACUUGCUGAGCAAUAUUGAGGGGCUUGCGCUUGAUUUGUCAGAUGAGGAUGUGGAGGAGAUUGAGGGAGCUUAUGAGUUUGAUAUUGGGUUCCCGAUGAGCUUUUUGUUCCGUGGUGAGGGUGUCAAGAAAGAGGCGCAUCCGGGGAAUUCACCUUUCUUGAAUACUGCAGCCAAGUUUGAUUAUCCGGAUUUGGUCCGGGCUAUUAGGCCGAGGAAGUUGGAUGCUUGA